UGUGUGGAGAGGUGUCUUACUUCCUGGCGGUGGUGGUGACUCUGAUGCGUCUCUGUCCUGACGAGUGCUGGUACUGAGUCACGAACUGGAUGGCUCCACGGCCUCCCUGAGGAAUCGGAGCAUUGUGCUGCAACACAAAGCUGAUCGUUAAUCAAUAACCUGAUCAGGUAGCUUUAAUGAACGACUCUGAACCAGUUCAUCAGCAGCCUCAUACAGGUUACCACGACGACACCAUGUUAGACUCAAUGAAGCUGUCAAUCAAAACACUUUCUGGAUUCAUGCGAAAUAAAACAACAAUAACAAACAAUAAAAGUCACUCCUAUGUCAGCCCAACACAAAAAACAGCUGUUUGUUAAAAAUACACUUUAUUAAUAUGAAUAUUAUUAGUAACUAAUUAGUAACUUAAAAUAAGCAGUGAUGUCAUCAAACUGAAAUACAACAUUUAACUGAGCUCAGAAUCCUGUGCUCUGAUUGGCUGCUUCACACCUGAGCUCUUAGUGGUCUGAGGUUCAACUGCAGCUGGAUGAUGAUGAUUACACACCUGUACACCUGUUAUUACCUGAGUCAGGCUGUGUGACAUGUGACCACACACACACACAGGAUAUUGGAUGUUCAGGUACUGUUGACAUAGUCAGCAGAUAACUCUGUGUGUGUGUUUAUAUGUAUGUGUGUGUGUGUGUCCUCUCAUCAUCUCAGCAGGUGACUGACAGGUGCACCACAGCAACGCUGCCUCUGGAGAGACACACUCACUCACACUCUCUCAGUAGGACACUCCUUCUGCAGUCUGUCCUCAGACUCGGAGCUGAUCGGACUCCGACGCUCUCAGACUGAAAUCAUGGCUUUAAAAAUCCGGACAUCGACCGAUCACCUGGUUUGACCUUUGACCAGAACGUCGGUUCCAGGUGGAGUGUAGAUAUCUAAACGUCUCUGUGGAAGGAGCUGAAUGUCCACAGCACGUCAGGAUGCACGGUUCAACUAAUCAAUGAUAUUCAGAGCUCUACACUCUGCCUCGCAGACUCAGAAGAAGUGAUACGUGAACAGCACAAUGCGUUCAGCUCAUCACAGCUCCAGUGUGACAUCAUCAGAGACCCCUCUGACUGGUGCACAGGUGUUGUUGACCGGAUCCCUCAGUCUGCACAGGUUUCACCUGCGUCUCCUCGCUGGAGACUGAUCACAUCACUUUUUAACAUCACAUGAAUCUGAAUCUCAAUGAUUUUAUGAUUUCUGGGGCUUUCCUUCACAUCUCCUGGUCUUCCUCGUGGGAUGAAGUUGAUCUGUUGUCAUGGAGACCUUUUUGUUUGUUGUCGAGGGACCCAAGUGUGGAAUUUUGAUCACGUGAUCACGUUUCCACUUCGUAUUUGAGGAGAGAAGAUUUUGGAAGAGCAGCAUCUAGAGGUCGUUAGAGGAAGUGCAGCUCAACACAUCUGGGAGAAAGUCGUAUGUAAAUGCGUCUUUACGCAUCCUGUCUGAUCUGUGAUGUAAUCAGUGAAAUACUUCCUGUCCUGUGAAGAUGGUGGACGCUCUGAAGACGCUGUAUGGCACUCUGAUGGCUGUAACCAGUGCAGCGUCCGUCUGUGGGAACCUCCUCCUCCUGCUGGUGCUGCUCUUCAACAAGGAUCUUCGGUCCGACACGCUGGGUCUUACCGUGAGUUUCAGCCUCAGCGACCUGGCCCUUGGACUCUCCACCAUCCCCUUCGGGGCCCACAACAGCCUCUCCCAGCCCUCUGGACACCCGAGCGAGGGCGUCCUCUGUCAGGGCAGCGGCUUCAUCUUCCUCCUCCUGCAGACUUCCUCAAUCCACUCGCUCACCUGGGCGACUGUAGACAAGUUCACAGAGAUCUGCUUCGCCCUCAGCUACCGAAGCAUCUGGACCACCGGACGGAGUCGGGUGGUCCUGGUCCUGGUCUGGCUGUUCUGUCUGGUGAACGCCACCCUGCCCCUGCUGGGGUUUGGCACCUACGCCUACAGUGAGUCACGGUUCCUGUGCUGCCUGAGCUUCACACCUGACAACAAGUACUUCGUAGUGCUGUGGAUGUUGUUAGGCAUCGUGGCUCCGAUCCUCACCAUGUGCUCUCUGUACGGAUACAUCGUCUAUGUGGCCAGAAAACAGGCUCGCAGGGGAACGUUCAUGUGCAAUGAGCUGCACUGCUUCUAUGUUCCUGCCAACAACUACCUGAGGAGCUCCAUCGUCAUGGUUACAACCUCAGUGUGUGUGCUGGUGUGCUGGCUGCCUUACAUCUCAGUGUGUUUGUACGAGACGCUCAGCGGUCAGCAGAGCACUGCAGUGACCUCUGCCCUUUCUGCUUGGCUGGUUCUGACCAGCUCUGCCCUCAACCCCUGGAUCACCUGCAUGACUCAGACCAGGUACAGGGCCGCAGUGCGUCGGAGUGUUGGUAUGUUUAUUCGAAAACCUCUGGAGUCUCGCCCGCAGAGCUUCGCCCUCCACCCAACCAAUCGCAUCAGCACGACAUCCACAACACGUCCACCGUCAUCACCAAAAGCACCAACAGCAACACUGUCAUGAUCAACCCCGCAACCCACACAAUCUGAUUUUAGUCCUGCAGCACUUGGCUGACCCCUACAAGAACCAGGUGUGAUUGACUCUUUAUAUUUCAGGCUGUACAGAUGGUGAAGUUCUGCCAGGGGUGUUACUUUGUCUCAGACCAGACUGAGGCUGUCUAAAGGUCAGAGGUCAGGUGUUAAAGUUUUAUCAUAGUACCUGGUUGACGACCUCGAAGUAAAGAGCCAGUGUGGUGCUGGGAUCCAAACCACAGAUCUUCCAUUGACAUGUUCCUCCGGUACCGAUCUCCUGUCAACACAUGAACACACACCUGUAAACCUGCCCUGCAGAUGAAACUGUAUUAAAAGGUCAAAGGUCAGCUGUGAAUUGGUGGUUAAAUACGUUCUCAGAGACACAGGGUCCUUUAGCGUUCAGAGACACACACGGUCCAAUGGCUCCAGAGAGCUUGAUCUCUCUAGAAGUCUGAAAAGAAAACACUGCAGUUUAUUCUGUUGGCGAGGGGGCGUGGCCUAUGUGACCUGAGUAGUUAUCAUACCUUGACCUCCAGUGUGGCGGCAAAGGCCAUUUUAAAAGACCCCUGGACAUCUUUGGUGAAAACUCUCUGGAAGGUUUGUUUAAACAGAGAUGUAUUGAAGGAGUCCGCCAUCACCAUGUAGCCUCUGAACACACAAACACACAUUAACAACUGUGUCCAACAUGUACGCCCACGCCACCUUCAUCAUUAUCACAAGAGACUGAUCAUUUACAACAUACACAUGAAGUACCCAAGUCCACUUGCCUACGUUCACAUGUACGACACCUGAAGAUGCCAUGCAGGAUAUUUAGAGACCCCUAGUGGUUAAGUUACAUACUACAACCACCUGAGCCCUGAGGACACGAGGACUGUUUUCAAACACUUAGGCCUGAUCCCAUUUCACUCCUUGGCCCUACUGCUUGUUUUCGAGGGUCAUCUUGCCCCUUGAAACGUAGUCACAAGAGGUAGUGGUUGAAAUCUUCCCCUACGAAUUGGGACACGAGGGUUACCCUUCAAGAGGGUUAGGGUUACGAAGCCGUUAAAUCAUCAGUAGUCGUUGACGUAAACAGACGAGAAAGUUUUGACGGGGAUGUCAUUGUAAUAACAUUGUUGAGAUCUUAAAUAAACCAACGCUAUUGUUUGUGGUUACUGAAGUGACAAACCCUUAAUAUCCAAAUAAAAUUUGUGCUAAUGCAGGUUAAUCAAUGUCAUUUGAAACUGAAAAGCUUGAUGCUCAUUAUUUCACAUAUGAAUCAAAAGCUCACAGGCUUCGUCUUCUACGUGUACGGCUCCUCUUCUUCAUCCUGAGAUAUUUGUGUUCUUCCAGUUUCACGUCACGUGUUAGAAACCUCAUCAACACGUCCACUCGCUCUCUGGGAAGC